AUGACGAGAUGGAUUUUCUUCUCUAUCAUCAUCCUUAUUAUAUUUGUUGCAAGCACCUUCAUCCUGGACCUGGAAACUGGCCUUUCCAAAAUAACAAACUCUAGUCUUCUCAAGACAAUCAUAGUCUUCAAUAAGCAACAACCUCAAUUCGCUUUGAACUGCAGCAAUGGAAACUCAAGACCAACCUGUUCAUCAUACUAUCCAACAAAAUUUGAGCCUAAUGAUGAUUCAUCAGCUACCUCAUGUCCAGAGUACUUUAGAUGGAUCCAUGAAGAUCUUAAACCAUGGGAGAGAACAGGAAUCACAAGGGAUAUGUUGAAAAGAGGCAAAAAUAUUUCACAUUUUAAGCUUGUGGUUGUGAAUGGAAAAGCUUAUGUAGAAAAGUAUGCAAAAUCAUUUCAGACAAGGGAUGUGUUCACAAUAUGGGGAAUUUUGCAGCUUCUAAGGUUAUACCCUGGAGAGAUACCAGAUUUGGAGCUAAUGUUUCAGUGUGGUGAUAAGACUGUGGUUGACAAAAGAAUUUUCCAAGGACCAGAAGCUAUGUCAAUUCCUCCUGUGUUCCAUUACUGUGGUGAUGAAAAUUCAUAUGACAUUGUCUUCCCUGAUUGGACCUUCUGGGGUUGGGCUGAGCUCAAUAUAAGACCAUGGGAAACAACAUUACAGAAUAUACAAGAAGGCAACAAGAUAGUCAAAUGGAAAGAUAGGAUACCCUAUGCUUUUUGGAAGGGUAACCCAACAGUAUCUUAUAUUAGGAAAGAACUUGUCAAGUGCAAUGCCUCAGAAGAACAUGAUUGGAAUGCCAGAAUAUAUGACAUACAAUGGCAACAGGAGAAAGCCAAAAAUUUCCAGAACACAAAACUAGAAAAUCAAUGUACCUACAGGUACAAGAUUUAUGCAGAAGGAGCCACAUGGUCUGUGAGUGAAAAAUACAUAAUAGCAUGUGACUCCAUGACUAUGUUCAUAGAGCCAAGGUAUUAUGACUUCUUCACAAGAAACAUGGUACCUUUGAAGCACUACUGGCCUAUCAGUACCAAAAAUAUGUGUGAAGAGAUAAAGUUUGCAGUGGAUUGGGGCAAUGCUCACCUUGAGAAUGCACAGGCAAUUGGCAAAGGAGGAACUGACUAUAUCAUAGAGAAUUUAAAGAUGAAGUUUGUGUAUGAUUAUAUGUUUCAUCUAUUAAGUAGGUAUGCAAGUCUUUUGAGAUUCAAACCAACCAUACCAAAAGGAGCCAUUGAGAUUUGUUCUGAAAGCAUGACAUGUUCCUUGCGUGGUGUAAGGAAGCAUUAUAUGAUUGAGUCAAUGGUGAAUUCACCAAGUGAUACACCUCCAUGUACAAUGCCUCCUCCUUAUACAACUGAAACUCUCCAAGAUUUUCUACAAGAAAAGGAGAAUCUAAUUGGGAAAGUGAAGACAAGAGCAAUGAAUUAA